CAGCUUCGACGACACUUAAUAACUUGAGUUAGCAAAACGUACAUUUAGAGGGAAAGGCACAAAAAGUGACUAGACGUUAGCAUUUAGCUAAUGUUUUCUGUACACACACUAGAAGUGUAAUUUUGCCCUACGACAACUUUGACUGAAUGAGUGUUGUUUCUGUAAGUUGUGACUGAGAGCAAUGGAAUUUAAACAAGUCACGUUAUAAAAAAAGUCAUGCAUGUUGUGAUGCUAGGUAGCAUAGCAACAUAUGUUAUUCAUUGAGUAACGUAUGCCGAUUAUAAAGUUUCUUAUUUAAACUGUCGAGUGCACGUAAGCGAUCCCUGGAGGGAUUCCCGCGUUUUAAAUGAACAAAACAGCAAAUAAUACGAUUUUGUUGGAGGUGUAAAGUUGGGAGAGAGUGAUGCGCUGCCCUGUCAUUUAUGGAGAGGGAGGGACCGUGUGUUUGGCGCUCAAAGGCGCUCUGCUUUUGAACAGAGACUUGAAAAACUGUGAGACUGGAGCCGUCUUUCAAAACAGAUAUAUUGAGUAUUCAUGACUAGAGAUUGAAUAAGGUGGACCAUGAAGAAACCUAUACCACAGAAAGCUAUUGAGUGGAAAGAUGGCAGGAGGAUCAAGCACCCUCGCAGUGGUCGCCCGUCUCGAGUGCAAUCCCAGUAUCAAGGGCAUUUUAGCUGGGAGAAGUACCUGAAAGAGACCGGCGCAACGGCAGCACCCGCUCACUGCUUCAGACAGAGCACCACUCCUCCUGUAAACGAGUUUAAGGCAGGUAUGAAGCUUGAAGCUGAGGACCCAAGAAACACUACAUCCACCUGCAUCGCCACUGUGGUGGGCCUGACAGGCUCUCGUCUCCGUCUGCGUCUAGAUGGCAGUGACAACAAGAAUGACUUCUGGCGCCUUGUAGACUCCUCAGAAAUCCAACCCAUUGGGAGCUGCGAGAAGAACGGAGGCAUGCUGCAGCCGCCGCUCGGGUUUCGUCUGAAUGCCUCUUCAUGGCCCAUGUUCUUAUUAAAAACUCUCAAUGGAGCAGAAAUGGCGCCGGCUCGAAUCUUUCACAAGGAGGAGCCGCCAGCUCCAGAGCAAAACUCUUUUCAGGUGGGGAUGAAGCUUGAGGCAGUGGACAGGAAGAACCCUCACUUCAUCUGUCCCGCCACUGUGGGCGAGGUGCGAGGCGUGGAGGUGCUGGUCACCUUCGACGGUUGGCGAGGUGCCUUCGAUUACUACUGCCGUUACGACUCCAGAGACAUCUUCCCCGUGGGCUGGUGCGCACUUACCGGAGACAACCUUCAGCCACCAGGCACAAAAGCAUUCGGGUUACCGAAGACAUUAGGUGCACCUGGUCUACUUCCGGAUAGUAGCGUGGAGGGGACAGGCAUGCCCCUUACACCAGGCAGACCGCCACCCCAGAAAAAACGUAAACCCGGCCGCAAGAAAACCAAACUAUCCGGACCCUGGGGUCAAAAGGGAACGAUUGGUUCCCAGAUUGGAAAAGAACUGGAAACGAUUAAAAUCCCCAAAAAGCGAGGCCCCAAACCAGGAAGCAAGCUGGGUUGGGCCAAAAGGACCGCGUGGUUGGAGGGUGCUAUUGCUGGCCCAGGUAGACCCAGAGGCAGACUGCCAGCCAACUGGGCCCAAAAAGUACAGCAGGACCAGACAGAACCCAUGAAGAUUCCAAAAAAGAGAGGCCCCAAACCGGGCAGCAAGAGAAAGCCCAGAUUGAUGCCAAACCCUAUGCCCACCUCCCCAAGCAGUAGCACUCCAGAGCCGGACACCAGCUCGGUUCCGCUGGACAAUGCCACCAUUCCUAGUGCCGCCCUACAGGCACCUACAGUUUGUGUGUACUUAAAUAAGUAUGGGAAGGUGGGUCCCCACCUGGACGCUCGGCGAAUCCAGUCUCUGCCAGACCACUUCGGGCCAGGCCAAGCGUCGUCUGUGUUGCAACAGUGUGUUCAGGCCUGUGUGGACUGCGCACAUAACCAGAGCGUAAUCUUCUCCUGUUUCAAACCAGGCCAUGGAGGAGAGCUCAUAUCAGCGUACUUUGAGCAACAGCACCACACUCUGACACUGCCGGCGGUGAACAGCGUGACAUACGUGCUGCGAUUUCUGGAGAAACUCUGUCACAACCUGCACUGUGACCCAUUGUUUGGCAGCCGGCCUGUCCUUCUGGGAGGAGUUCACUACGACAGCAGAACUUACACAGAGAGGAGAAACUUCACAGAAAGUCUGUGCCCUGGACCUGGUCGAGGAACUAAGAGGUUUCUCCAGCCCGACCCCUACGACAACAAUCCUAUACCGCACAAAAUAGCCAAAAAUCGCCUCUCCUCAGAAGAGCCUUUUCUGAUGGAGAAUGGGUUCGGCAGCUCAGAUGUCUUGGAAAAAAAACACUUGUCUCCUGGACAUUUACGUCCGCUUUCUCAGAACAGUAGCUCACCAGGACAGCUACAUCGCCUGGGAUCAACAGGUUCAGAGCGUUUCCUGAGCUCAAGAGAAAGCCCACGGCCCAGCGGACAGGACCCCAACUUGUGGACGGUGGAGGAUGUUAUGCAGUUCAUCAGAGACAUCGACCCUCAGCUCGGACCACACGCAGACCUCUUCCGCAAACACGAAAUUGAUGGCAAAGCUCUACUCCUGCUCCGCAGUGAUGUCAUGAUGAAAUAUAUGGGGCUAAAGUUGGGUCCUGCUCUCAAACUCACCUUUCAUAUUGACAGACUGAAACAGGGCCGUUGAGUUUCCGUCACGCCCUCAUCCUCUACCCCUUCCAAGCACAUUCAAGAUGCACGGCAUGCUGGGAUCCAUGCGUCCCCCAGCAGUACUGUAGCAAGUGUCGGCAAGCUUUCGAGCUCCGGCAACAUUUAUUUUAUGUCUCCAUUCAUUUCAUACACUUCGGUCAUGUUUUAUGACCUUUAAUGUUCCCGAUUGUUCUUGUGUCAUAUUUACGGUUAUCUUUAGUAUUGUUUCAGAACAUAUCACAUGUUUGUGGCCUUGCCAAGGAAUAGACUGGAGUUGGACUGUAUAUAGGCCUUUUUAGACCUCAAUUCUUAUGUUGUACAAUUAAUUAUGUAUAUUUUUUUCAGCCCACAUCAGUAAGGGUGUUUGUGGCUUAUUACUAGUUUUCAUCAAUUCACUUCAGACAAACACUAGAUCAUGCCGGGUAACCACACCCGACUGAUACCUCACACAGAAACCAUGACCCAUCUGACAAAAAGUACUUUAUACACCAUCCAAGGUGCCGUUACACUAGACUUUGUGUGUACAAAACGACCCUCACAACAAAUGUGUUAACAGGAUACGUCACAUACGUCUCUUGUUUUAAUCAAUUGUAUUUAAUAAUAUGAUUAUCCUUAAUCUAUAAUAUCUACUUAGUUUUUAUAAUAGAAGAGGUCAAUUUGUAGCGUUUCAAUUCUCAUUUGGUCUUCUUGCAAAAUAGCCGGCCAGACCUUGGUACAUUGGAAACGUUUUCGCUCGCCGGAACGCAAAGUCUAGUGUGACAACACAUUUACUGCUAUUAAACUCUGAUUAAACUGCUUUUUAUAUUGUGUUGAUGUUUACAUUGUCUCAAUUUGUUGUUUGUACUUUUGAAGUCUUUAUACAAAAUGGUUGAGUUCAUACAUCGAGAGCGUUAUACUCGAUGAGCUUCAAAUAAAAAUGAAGUGUUCUGCA